GUGUGAAGUUGAGCAGUCUCCUGGGCAAGAAGGGCAGUCUGGAUCGGUUGCAGAGUUAUUGGGACGUGGGGUUCUUCCUCGGCGCGAGUAUCCUCGCCUGUGACAACACACGGGUCAUCCAGGCCUCCGAGAAACUCUUCAAAAUCAACGCACCCAUUUGGUAUCUCCGCUCCCUGGUGGAGACCAUCCUCAUCUAUAAGCACUUUACGAAACCGAGCACUGAUCCGCAGGCCCCUAAACAAGAGCUUGUGGACUUCUGGAUGGACUUCAUGGUGGAAGCCACCAAAAAGGAUGUGACGUCCGUCCGUUUUCCUGUGUUGAUAUUGGAGCCCACUAAAGUCUACCAGCCAUCUUACCUCUCCAUUAACAAAGAUGCCGAAGAGAACACGUUGUCCAUCUGGCACGUGACCCCUGAUGACAAAAACACAGGCAUCCACGAGUGGAACUUCAGCGCAGCGUCAGUGCGAGGCGUCAGCAUCUCCAAAUGUGACGAGCGCAGCUGCUUCCUGUAUGUGGUCAACAACUCCGAGGACUUCCAGAUCUAUUUCUGCACAGAUAUGCACUGCAAAAAGUUCUGUGACCUGGUGAACGCUCUCACCGAGGAGGCCUGGAAAGGCUCAGAUGAGGCCGAGUGUGAAUCAGAGGCUUUAGAGUAUGAUUAUGAGUACGAUGAGCAUGGAGACAGGCUGGUUCUGGGUAAGGGCACGUUCGGUGUGGUCUACGCCGGUCGUGACCUCAGUAACCAGGUGCGCUUGGCCAUCAAAGAGAUUCCCGAACGGGACAGUAGAUACUCGCAGCCUCUGCAUGAAGAGAUAGCCCUGCAUAAACACCUGAAGCACAAGAACAUCGUGCAAUACCUCGGCUCCAUCAGCGAGAACGGCUUCAUCAAGAUCUUCAUGGAGCAGGUGCCCGGAGGCAGUCUGUCAGCGCUGCUCAGGUCAAAGUGGGGCCCUCUGAAGAACAACGAGCCAACUAUCGGUUUCUACACCAAACAGAUCCUGGAGGGUCUCAAAUACCUGCAUGACAACCAGAUCGUUCACAGAGACAUUAAGGGGGAUAACGUCUUGAUAAACACCUACAGUGGAGUUCUGAAAAUCUCUGAUUUUGGGACGUCCAAACGCCUGGCCGGAAUAAACCCCUGCACUGAAACCUUUACUGGUACGUUACAGUACAUGGCUCCUGAGAUCAUCGAUAAAGGGCCACGUGGGUACGGUAAACCGGCAGACAUCUGGUCCCUGGGCUGCACCAUUAUAGAAAUGGCCACUGGGAAACCACCUUUCUAUGAGCUGGAACCGCAAGCAGCGAUGUUCAAGGUCGGGAUGUUUAAAAUCCACCCGGAGAUUCCUGACUCCAUGUCGUCUGAAGCCAAAGCCUUCAUCCUGCGCUGCUUCGAGCCGGACCCAGACAGCCGAGCCACGUCCAACCAUCUGCUCACGCACGAAUUCCUCACCGUUACAUCACGCAAAAAACGCUCCAAGAACAACAGUUUCACAGCUCUUACACCAGGAACUGAGUAUCUGCGCAGCAUAUCUCUCCCCGUUCCCGUGGUGGUGGAGGACACGAGCAGCAGCAGCGAGUACGGCUCGGUCUCGCCCGACAACGAGCUCUGCACAAACCCCUUCAACUUUAAACCCAGCACCAAGUGCUACAGCGAGAAAGAGGUCAAAGGCCACCGCUCGCUCUUCCUGAGUAUUCCUGUGGAGAACUUUGAGGACCACAGCGCACCCCCGUCUCCAGAAGAGAAGGACUCGGGCUUCUUCAUGCUCAGGAAAGACAGUGAAAGGAGAGCGACCCUUCACCGGAUCCUGAUCGAGGACCGAGAGAAAAUAGUGCUUCACCUGCUGGAGGCGCUGACCCAGGGGUCCGAGGAGACCAAGCUGAAGCAUCAGCACAUCUCCAUGCUGGUGGCCAGUCUGGGGGAGUUCGUGAGGAUGGCGGACAGGAAGAUCAUUGCCAGCACGCUCUCACAGCUCAAACUGGAGCUGGACUUCGACAGCACGGCCAUCAGCCAACUGCAGGUGGCGCUCUUCAGCUUCCAGGAUGCGGUAAAUAAAGUCCUGCGGAACCACAACAUAAAGCCGCACUGGAUGUUUGCCCUGGAUAAUAUCAUCCGGAAGGCUGUGCAGACUGCCAUCGUCAUACUGGUCCCUGAAUUGCGUCCACACUUCACGCUGGCGUCUGAGAGCGACCCGGCCGAGCAGGAGGACAUUGAUGAUGACACAGUUCCCCACGGAAACGCCAUGCCUAGCAUAGCACCCGUCGCUCAUCACGACGACACCGUGGUCACGUCCGGAGUGAGCACGCUCAGUUCAACCGUUUCCCAUGAGUCUCCGAGCGCGCAGCGAUCUAUCAGCAUGGAGCUGGGACGGAUGAAGAUCGAAACCAAGAGGUUGUUGGAGGAAUUGAUAGAGAAAGAGAGAGAAUAUCAGGCCAUCCUACAGCAAGUCCUGGAGGAGAGAGAACAAGAGAUCAAACUAUUGAAGUGUCGAUCCGGGCCUGUCGAUGUUCCUGUGCACCUCACGAACACAAAUAGUUCAUUUGAAGGAGACGGACACCGGGAACUUCUGGACUGGCUGAAACUCCACGGGGCGGAUGCAGACUCCAUAGAGAGAGUGAUAGCCGAAGAUUACAGUCUAGAUGACAUCCUUCGUUACGUCACCAGAGACGACUUGAAGACUUUGAGAUUACGAGGUGGAGUCCUGUGUAAACUGUGGAGCGCCAUCUCAGAGCACAGGAAGAAGCCCGGCUGAUGCCCGCAGCCACGCACGUGUGCCAUCAGCUGUUAAAACACAACCAAAUAUAUAGUGGGAUCAAUUGAAGUCUUAUGUGAUUAUCCAUAUCACAUGUAAAUAUGUUUUAACUUUUAUAUUUGUCUGUGAAAUUGCCCUUUUACAUGUGACUGUAAAUGAGGCGCAGACAUUUGAUACGUGAACACUGUUACGGCAUCUUUAUAUAGGAAACUUGUUUUUAUUUUUUUAGAUUUUGGUUACAGAAACAUGUCUUGACCUGCCUGAGAACUUUUUCCAGUCCAAAUCAGAAAAGACCCUGAAACUACACUGAAACGUCUGUGUAUUUUAUAUAUUUUUACAUGCAUCAUCAUUAAUAAGGUGUAUUGUCAAGUAACUUUUUUUUUAAUCAAAGCUAGUUAUAUUUGCAUAUAUUCUGAAUUACAGGUAUGAAGAUACACAAUAGCCAAUCAAACUGAAUUGUUUCUCCACGUAUUUGGGGUGAGGCAUGAAUAAACCACCUCUGAAAUUGUAUAUAAACUCCUUUUAGAGCUACAUUCCUGAGAUUAUAUGUAAACUAUAUCCAGACGUACAGAGAAUAUAUCACAAAUGUGUAUGUAAGACUAUUUAUUCAGCACAAAGCUCUAGCAAUUCUGUGAAAUUACCAUUUUAAGUGUAACCGUUGUAACAGUUUCUAGUCAUAUCAUAAAACAUAACAUAAACACACACACACACACACCUAUGGCUAUGUGAUGUGACAAUCAUGUAAUGGAUACGUUUGAUAUCUGUGGUAAAUGUUUGCAUGAUCAGUGUUUGGUUUCAUUUUGUGCAAAUUGGAAUUUCACUUUUGGAUUAAAUAAAACGUUUGAGAAAAAA